CCAAACCGCAAAUAAAUUUUAUUCACUUUUUUUUAGACCGCCAGCCACCUGACGCUGACUUCUCACCAGCAAGAACAGCUCCUAUUUUCUUGCCUUCCAUUUCACUCUCCCCUUUCCUUUCCAACAAACCCUAACCAAAUUCUUCUUCCAUUAACCAUUCUACCUUCAAUCUUGCGUUGGGUUAGGUUUCAAUGGAGUUACCUUCAUCAACAACUGCCGAUGAACAAUUGCCGACAUCAUUCGAGUGGUCUGAUAUCUUUGACUUCACAAUCGACGAUCAAUUACUCCUUAAUCUUGACGUUCAUGAUCAGCAACAUCAGCAGCAGUCGCCGAUUGUUCUUCCUCCACCUAAUGUCGAUUCGGAACAAUCGCAAAAACCUCCGACUGUAAGUCCACCUCAAACGUCGUCGUCUGAUCGAGUGCGAAAGCGAGAUCCUAGAAUGGUUUGUGAGAAUUUUUUGGCUGGGAGAGUUCCGUGUGCUUGUCCUGAGUUGGAUGCACAGAUGAUGGAGGAAGAAGAAGAAGCUGCACCUGGAAAGAAACGCUCUAAAAUGGGGCGAACUCCUGGAAUUGCUAAAUGUCAGGUUCCGGAUUGUCAAGCUGAUAUUCGUGAGCUCAAAGGGUAUCAUCGAAGACACCGGGUUUGUUUGGUGUGUGCUAAUGCAUCUUCUGUUUUGCUUCACGGUGAGACCAAACGAUAUUGUCAACAGUGCGGCAAGUUUCAUGUGUUAUCAGAUUUUGAUGAAGGCAAACGUAGUUGUAGACGUAAGUUAGAGCGCCAUAACAAUAGGCGGCGAAGGAAGUCGAUUGGUUCCAGAGGAGCUCUUGACAAGGAAUAUCAGGGUGAUUUACAUACAGAAGAUGCCUUUUAUGAUGGUGAAGCAGGAAAAGAUAAUUCGUGGUCAAGCAACCAAAUAACCGAGAGGGAAGAUUCUAAAGAUGGAACUUUGUCAAACCUUUGUUCUGCUCUGGAAUCUCAAAACAUUGAAAGUGACAGUAUUGUGACUUCUAGUCAAGUAGAUAAAGUAAUAAAUGUGGAGCGAGAUUGUACUCCACCUUCUGAGAAUAAGACUGCUUACACAUCCGUGUGCCCUACAGGUCGAAUCUCAUUUAAACUUUACGAUUGGAACCCUGCAGAAUUUCCUCGUCGACUCCGUCAUCAAAUAUUCCAGUGGUUGGCCAACAUGCCAGUUGAGUUGGAAGGCUAUAUUCGUCCUGGUUGUACAAUAUUGACCAUAUUUGUUUCAAUGCCCCAAUAUAUGUGGGUGAAGUUGAUUGGUGACCCUGUUUCUUAUAUAAGAAGCUCAGUUGGACUCGGAGGAAUGCUUUCUGGUAGAGGUGUUGCAAUGAUUUACUUGAAUGACAUGAGCUUUCGUAUUAUUAGAGAUGGUGCUUCUGUGAUGAAAGUCAAAGUUGCUGUUCAGGCUCCCAAACUUCAUUAUGUCUAUCCUCCUUGUUUUGAGGCUGGAAAACCUAUGAAUCUUCUUGCUUGUGGGAGCAAUUUACUUCAACCUAAAUUUCGAUCUCUCAUAUCAUUUGCUGGGAAGUAUUUGGCUCAUGAUUAUUAUGUUGCCUUUCCUCACGGAAAGAAAGAAGAUGAAUCUGCCAAUUAUUGUGAUCAUCAGUUCUUCAGAAUAUAUGUUCCACAUAUUGACCCAAAUUACUUUGGCCCCGCUUUUAUUGAGGUGGAGAAUGAGUGCGGUCUAUCCAACUUCUUACCCAUUCUCAUUGGUGAUGAGCAUGUCUGCUCUGAAAUAAAGACGAUACAUCAGAAGUAUGAUUGCUCGUAUUGCAGGAAAAAGUUCCAAAAUAGACCUAGCGGUUCUUCAGAUGGUACAUGUGAAGUUUCGUGCUCAAGGCAAGCUGCAUUUUCCGAGUUUAUGCUUGAUGUAGCAUGGUUGCUUAAGCAGCCUCGUUCUGAGAAGCUUCACCGAGUCUUGACGUCUUUUCAGAUUCAGAGAUUCAAUUGCUUGUUGAAGUUCUUAAUAAGCAAUAAAUCUACUUCCAUCUUGGAAAAAAUCUUACAAUCUCUCGUAAAUGUGUGUGAUGAAAUGGAGUCCAGUGAUGCAGCUGAUGUUACUGAUACUGAUAGGAGGCUGUUCAAGAAAUAUAUUGCUCAUGCAAGAGAUUUUCUUCUCCAAAGUGUCCAUGAAAAUGAACUGGUCAUGUGCCAGGCUAGGACAUGUGCCCAAAAAGAUGAUAGAUGUUUGGGAAACUUCCCCUGUCAUGACGUCUUGUUCUAUGAUCGUCACGCCUGUCAGGUUACAGAGUAUUCCCCAAGUGAUGGAGAAUCUGUUUCAUUAGUUAAUGGAGAACUUACAAUGAAAAUAACCGAGAACAAGGAAUGGUCAAGGAAGUCAUGUAACCACAUGAUGUCCAAGAAAUUGAUAAAUUCUCGACCGUUCAUUUACACAAUUGCUGUAGUUGCGUUUUGCUUUGGGCUAUGUGCAGUUGUGCUCCACCCUUACAAGGUCACCAAAUUGGCAGUAACUAUCAGAAGGUGUGUUCUUAAUAAUACUACAUAAGUAUGUUACUUAGAUGGGGGGUAACCUGACCGCCUCUGAAGAAGUUGCCAAUAUCUUCAAUGCCAUGGGCCCACGAUAUUCAUCGUAGAAAUAGAGUUCAGAUCGUUGUGAUCAUGUUGUUGGACAGGAGCUCCGGAAGCUUGUUCCAUGCAAGUGAAGUUAUUGAUUGUGUAUCAAUGUUUGUUGUUGUACAUACAUAGGAGCGUGUCGAACGUGAUUCUAUUAGAGAUUUUAACUUUAGACCCUCUUUAGUUUUUGUGUAUCAUAUACUUCUAUUCAUCAAAUGAAAUGAAGUUGUAAUUAGUGAUAAAAUCCUUGUAAACGCCACUAAAAGUGCAAAACAUAAGCUUCUUGAAAGUAGUCCCUUCAAUUAUACUUUAUGUUUGUUAAUUUGUGUGCUUCACAAAUCACAAUGAAAUGAAAAAUUCUGUGUAGGGGAGUGAUGGUGUAUUGGUAGGACACAUGGUGUCUACAAAGAUAAACCGGCACUUCAUUAUUUAAUUGAGAAACAACUCGAAAUAUUUGGUGAAGCUUUAUCAUUCUAAAUACUUGUGAUUUGUGAACUUACUCAACUUCAUCAUAAACGUAACAGUAUAAGUGUCUUAUUAGAAAUCCAACAUAAAAUGGCACAAAUCGGGGCGAAGC